AUGAGGCCAUCAAUUGGAAGACAGAGCGUUGGAAUGGGAAGGCUUUCUACUGGGUAAGCAUUCGUUGAUUCCUUUUAUUACUUACUUGGACUCAUUCUGACGUUGUUUUAGAGCUGAGUUUUCCCGUUUUUCCGUCCAAAGUUCCUCUGCCAGACGUCCUUCUAUCGCCGCAUCUCGUAAACCAACAAAAGAAGAAGAUAUUCAGGGAUUGAUGAGAUUUUUUGAACAAAGAAAUGCCAGUUUCAACUAUUCGGAGAAGAGUCUUCGGAAUCCGCAAUUGAACGAAUUCAGAACUUGGCUUGAGUUUAUCCUCAAAUGCAUCGAUAAAAAUUUCAAAGCCGAAAGGGAAAUUGAAAAGGUGGGCGUUGAUGAUUCAAAUAGCAUGGUUUUAGUCGCUCCCUCAAAUUUUCCUCACAUUGAAUUAUCCGUAUGUCAUCAAACCUUCGAUGUGUAUUACUGUAAAUUCCCCGCACAAUUGGCCAAGUUUUCUCAAGGCCCUUCAUUGGCUUACUAAAGUGGCCGAAGGAAACAAUACUUCCAAUCAACAGAAGAGCGAUCAGUCUGCGGUAAGUCGCUUCUUUUAUUAUCUGAUGGCGUUUAGUAUAUCACGGCGUAUACCAUCCACUGCUGUCGAUUGAACGAAGGAGAGGAUCCUGCGGAUGUCUACAAAGCAUUCAGCGAGAUGAUUGUAGAUGCUGAAGCUCAGACGGAGGAAGAGAGGGAGUUGGAAGAACUGAAUCAACGAUUGGCGGAGCUCAGGGAAACGAUUGCUUUGGUGAGUAAAGGAAUUGUUCAAUACCUUUUGUUCAGGAGGAGACGGCCGUUUCUUCUGCCGAAUCUGAGAAGUCUACGCAAAGCAAGCGCAACGAACAGGCCGAGAGAGAUGCCGAAUCAAAACGAAAUGUUUUAAACAAGUUAGUCAAUGAGAAGGUAGGCAUUAGAGUUGCAAUAAGUCUUGGUUUUCUUGAUUGUUUUGAUUUGGAUAUUUUAGAACACUGUUGGAUCUGAUCGCCAAAGUCUAACAGAAAAGGUCGAGUCUCACAAUCAGGAGGCCGAAGAUCUGAAGAAGAAGAUUGAGGCUCAGCCAAUGACUCCUGAAGAGGCCAGCGCACUUCUGAAGAGACGUGCUCAGGUAGGGAAGGAAUUUACUGGAUGUGCCGGAACCACGACAUUUCCGGAAUUUGGACACUUCCGGAAUGGCGGAAUAGUGACACUUCCGGAAUGGCGGAACAGUGACACUUCCGGAACCGGGGAAAAAUCAAAGAAGAGGCUUAGACCUGCCAUCUGAACCAUCUGACUGGAUUUAUUGUUAUUAAUCUCAAAAAUUUUGUUAUUUUUUUUUCUGAUUGUUACUUUUUUUUCUUAAGUAGUAGUGUUAAAAAGUAAUAUUUCGAAUUUUUUUCUAAAAAUACUCGAUUUAGGGGUUUUCGAGGUUGCCUAUUUCGAAAAUCAUGUUCAUUUUUUUAGUUUUUGACGGUUUUUAUAUAUUUGUUCGAUAUUAUCCAUGGCGAUUUUAUCUUAACUAGGACGAAUUCGGCGCCGUUAAAACUGUUGAGAUAAGUGAAAGACAUAUACGGACUGAAGCAUUGAGAUCUCUGAAUCGUAAUUUUCGAAGAGGUCGGCCAUCGGAUUUUGACGAUCAGGCACUUCUGGCAGCCGUGGAGGACGACGAAAGAAGCUUGACAAAACACGACACGAAUGCUGGCUGACCCUUUCGCAAUGAAAACGAUUUUCGUUAUCAGCACCCUCGAUCGAGCAUUUUUAGAAAAAAUCCGAAAAAUUACUUUUUAACACUACUAGUUAAUCAAAAAAGUCAAAAUCAUAAAAAAACGAGCAUCAUUUUCGAAAUCAGCACCCUCGAUAACCCCUAAAUCGAAUAUUUUUGGAAAAUUUUCGAAAAGUUACUUUUUAACAUUACUACUUAAGAAAAAAGUAACAAUCAGAAAAAAUGAACCCGAUAUUCGAAAUCAGCAACCUCGAAAACCCCUAAAUCGAGUAUUUUUAGAAAAAAAUUGAAAAAUUACUUUUUAACACUACUACUUAAGAAAAAAGUAACAAUCAGAAAAAAAAUAACAAAAUUUUUGAGAUUAAUAACAAUAAAUCCAGUCAGAUGGUUCAGAUGGCAGGUCUAAGCCUCUUCUUUGAUUUUUCCCCGGUUCCGGAAGUGUCACUGUUCCGCCAUUCCGGAAGUGUCACUAUUCCGCCAUUCCGGAAGUGUCCAAAUUCCGGAAAUGUCCUGAUGCGGAUGUGCCAUUUUUUGGCUCGUUUUGAAUUGGCUCUAACCUCUAGGGCCAAAUUUCAAGAUUCUUUUUUCCUUUAAUCCCCAGAAUCUCCCGUUUUUUGAUACCAAAUAUGUUAUACCAAUCGGCUAGACACAGUUAACAUUAACAACAAUAAAAAAUUCUUAGUUCACAUUUUUUGGUUAUUAAAAUGGGGUAUAGAUGAAUCCAAUUCAAAGCCUUUCGACGUUUUUGGAUUUUUCAUUUGGCGGAAAUUACAGGCGUUAAGAAAGGAUUUUUUUUACUUAAUUUCGGCCGUGACCUUCGAAUUUUUUUACUUUCCUUCUGUUGGCAUAUUUCACCGUUGUUUAGGGCUAAAACUUCGCCGCAACUCUGCGGAUUUUGAAAAUUUGCAUAUUUAUGCGCUCCGGGUUCCACCUCAUAGUAGACGAUUUUCUUUGAUGCCAUACUAUUCUACGCAAAAUUCUACCUGUCGUGACAUUUACGGAAUGCGGGAAAAAUCUUUUAUAAAUUGUUGUUUUCACGCCCUUCUUCAACUUGUUCUAUAUUUUUAGGUCUAUAAAAACAUUUGGGAGCCAUAUAUAUUUUGAGACGUAUUAAAAGUGUAAUUUCAAAAAAUGUAGUGUAAUUUUUUUUUUGUGGAAGUUUGGGGGCCAUGUAUAUUUCGAGGUUUUUUUUGGUUUAAAGUGUAAUAUUAAAAAAUGUAGUGUAAAAAAUUUAUAUGAAAAAUAAUGUGUAAAAGUUUUAAAAAAAUGUAGUGAGGAUGAAAAUCGAAAUCUCCUCAAAAGGCUUCCAAAUUUACACAUAUUUUUUUACGCGUUACACCCAUAGGUUUCAAAAUACGCGAUAAGCUGAAGAAGGGAGGUGAAAACAAGAAUUUAUUAAACAUUUAUUUCCGAGUUCCGCAAAUGUCGCGUUGCCAAAUUCUAAGAUUUCUGGAUAGUGUUUGCUACACAUAUAUUAACCGAUACAUUUUUUAAAGAUUUUUUAUUUUCACCGUGAAGAUGUGGAAUUUAUGGAUUUCUAUAACACAUUUAGUAUCAAACAAAACGGGAGAUUCUGAAGAUUCAGGGAAAAAAUAGUGUAAGCAUUUGGCCGAAGAAUAAAGAAGUUAUAGCCAAUUGCAACCGGAGAAAAAAUGGCGUACUAUGUGUUAUAUAACUGGUUUAGUUGCGCGAAGAGAUUAACGAAAAGAAAGAUGAAGCCGAUGCGUUGAACAAGAAACACACCGAGAAACAGAAUCAAUUCCAAAAGAUCAGUCAGGAAAAACAAAAUCAGUUUAAGAAAUUGGCUUCGGAAUUGGGAGGAAUGGCCAGAGAAGUAAGAGUUUCUCCGGAUACCAUCACGCAGUUCGAAUUAUCCUUAUUUGGGAAGAACAGAGAUCAGUUGAAUACGGAUGGAAUGAGCGGAAAUGUGGCUCAUUCUUAUCAAACAUUGAUCAGGGCCAUCAGUGAAGGUAUUCGGAAUAAAAUCACUGAACUCGGCCUGGAGAACCUGGAGAAACAGAUUAAUAAAUGCGCAAAUGACAACGAAAAUAUCCAGGUCAACCUGAAAAUGGUAAGUAUUUUCAAGAAAACUGUCGGUUACUACAGUAAUACGUGAACAAUAACAUAUUUUAGGCCAGAGAAGGAUAUGAAUUGGACCUUGAGAGCGACAAAAGAAGAACUGGAGAGUAUGAAAGAUUGCUCCAAGAAAGCCGGGAACAAUACGAAGCUGUCAAAACGGAGCAGAACACCUUUGAUGAUAAUGUACGUGUCUUAGCAAUAAUGAUUUUAGUACUGGAUUAGGUGAUGGAGAAGGAAAGUCGCAUCAAGGGAGCCGAGAGAAUCAAGAAUACAUUGCUUCAUGAGAGAAUGACAGCAUCCACUGACUUGAAUAAGAUCGAAGAACAGAAGAUACAACUGCUCGAAGAAGUUGUUCCUAUUAUUUGUAGGGUCCACGAAGAAAUUGAAAAGCUUGGCCAAAGCAAAGCAAAAUGGGAGCAGGUCGUGAAGAAUCACCUGAAUGGAUUCAAAAAGAUAGUAGAGAACAUCAAGGAGAUUGAGAAGGCUAUUGAAUCUCUAAACAAGGGCGACCCUUUUUCUGACAAAACCAAUUUCUUACCAUAA